UAUAUAUAUUAAGAUUGAGCAAGAAUUCAUCAGGAAAACACAUCAUGCCUUCGAGCGUAGUAAACGUGUUUGUUUUCUCUGCAUUAUUCGUGUGUAAUUUCGUGCAUGCGGGCGUACACGUUCACAAUGUACAACCCUUCGACUAUAGAUCAAACUUUAAUUUAGAUCGAAACGAUAUUCAAAUUGUGAAAAACAAAAAAGAAAAUGUACAAAGUCCUGUAAACGAACAGUUUCCCUCUGCGGUCCUCUUCGGGAGAACCUGCGGAGGUACUAUCAUCAGCCCCACGUGGAUCCUCUCAGCUGCUCACUGUACGUUGUUCACCCCUGGAAGAGAUGUACUCGCAGGGACUAACAAUACCGAGAACGGUACUGGCCUGCGUCACAGAAUUAAACGCCUUGUAGUCCAUCCUCGCUUCUCAGUUGGACCCUACUGGCUGAACGCCAAUCGUUUUAACAUAAAACAGGUGGGAGCGCGAUGGGAUUUCUUGCUAGCGGAGUUAGAGAGUCCUCUUCCUUUGGACGGCAAGACUAUGGUGGCGGCGGACCUGGACGAUCGCGCCAGACUGCCGCCCGGCGAACAGGUCGGAUAUGCUGGCUUCGGCGCAGACAGACACGGAGGAGUGAUGCGCGAAGAUAUGCAUGCCAUGGAUCUGGAAAUUCUUGCAGAUGAAGAUUGCUCCGACCUAUUAGAAUACGACGGUGCAGACAUGAUUUGCACGAAGGGCCGCGCGCCGCGGUACGACUCAGCCUGCAAUGGUGAUAGUGGCAGUGGACUCAUAAGAAACGGUAAGGUUCUGGGCGUCGCCUCUUGGGUUGAGAAUGAUGCUCUAGAAUGCAAAAACGGAGCUAGAGUAGUGUUCUCACGAGUUGCCAGCGCAAGGGAUUGGAUUAAGCAAGUUACGAAAGUAUAAAUGUUGAACUUAAUUGUUAUUGAUAAAAAUAGCUUCGAUUACAGAUAAAAAUAAAAUGUACUUAUUUAGGUUAAAAA